UUCGUUCGGUCACAAGCUCGUCCAUAGCCACUGGAUAAACACAAACCCCUCUCUUUCUCUCGCGUUUUCUCAUCAUAGUCUCGAAUUCUUGCGAUCGUUUUAACCCACCGUCAAUUUCAUUUCUUUCUUAUUUUCCAUUUUUUAUUUCGAUUUUUUUGUAUAAACAAUUUGGUCGUAUAAAUCUUCCAUAUGCUCUCCGGUUUCUGAUAUUUUGAUCUCCAGAUCGGGGCUGUUUUCUGUAAACCCUAAUUCUUAAAAAGAGGUAGAAUUUUAUAUGGGAUUGCUAAAAAGAGAGAGCCCUAAAAACUGAUGGAGAAAAUGGGCUCUAAAGUUGGGGGCUUUUGGAUUUUGUAUUUGGAGUUAACUUGGCUUGGUGUGUUUUUCUCAGGCUAAAUAUGUCUAAUUACCAAGGGGAUGAUGCUGAGUAUAUGGCAGAUGAAUAUGAUAUGGAAGACAUAGAUGAUGAUGUGGAUGAGCAAUUUCGAGGCCGCGUAAUGGGUGGAUCAGAUUCUGAAUUUGAGGAAUAUGAGUACUCAAAUAAUAAGAUAGCUGAUACUUCUGCUGCUCAAGCUAGGAGAGGUAAAGAUAUCCAAGGUAUACCGUGGGACAGACUUAGUAUCACUAGGGAAAAGUACCGGCAGACUAGGCUAGAACAGUACAAGAACUAUGAAAACAUCCCUCAGUCUGGAGAAGGGUCAGGGAAGAAGGAUUGCAAGAUUACUGAGAAAGGGGCUUCAUUUUAUGAGUUCAGAAGAAAUUCUAGAUCUGUGAAAUCAACGAUUCUUCAUUUUCAGCUAAGGAACUUGGUUUGGGCUACAUCAAAGCAUGAUGUCUACCUUAUGUCACAUUUUUCAGUCAUUCAUUGGUCUUCAUUAACUUGCAGCAGGUCUCAGGUUCUCAACGUUUCCGGCCAUGUGGCACCAACCGAAAAACACCCUGGCAGUCUGUUGGAGGGAUUUACGCAGACUCAAGUUAGCACUCUUGCUGUAAAAGAUAAGUUGCUAGUUGCUGGUGGAUUUCAGGGAGAAUUAAUUUGCAAGCAUCUAGAUCGACCAGGAGUGAGCUUUUGUUCUCGUACAACAUAUGAUGAUAAUGCUAUUACCAAUGCUGUUGAUAUAUAUGUCAGUCCCAGUGGUGCAGUCCAUUUCACUGCCUCAAAUAAUGACUCUGGUGUCAGAGAUUUUGAUAUGGAAAAGUAUCAACUCUCUAAGCAUUUUCGUUUUCCUUGGCCAGUGAAUCAUACUUCACUGAGUCCUGAUGGUAAACUUCUAAUAAUUGUUGGAGACAACCCAGAGGGUAUGCUGGUGGAUUCUAAUAGUGGAAAGACCAUCACACCAUUGUGUGGACAUUUGGACUACUCAUUUGCAUCAGCGUGGCACCCUGGUGGUGUCACAUUUGCUACAGGAAACCAAGACAAAACCUGCCGAGUUUGGGAUAUACGGAACCUAUCUAAGUCUGUUACUGUUUUGAAGGGCAACCUUGGAGCCAUCCGUUCCAUUCGCUAUUCAUCUGAUGGUCGAUACAUGGCAGCAGCCGAGCCUGCUGACUUUGUGCAUGUGUAUGAUGUUAAAAGUGGGUAUGGGAGGGAGCAGGAAAUCGAUUUCUUUGGUGAGAUAUCAGGAAUAUCAUACAGUCCAGACACAGAGGCUCUGUUUAUUGGCGUUUGGGACCGAACAUAUGGUAGCCUUCUUGAAUAUGGUAGGUGCCGUAAUUACUCAUACCUUGAUUCCUUGAUUUGAGAUGGAUGUGUAAACUGCAAAUAAGUGGUGUGUUGGUGCAGUGUGUACUUUGGUUCAUUGAGAAACUUAGUAUCAUGCACAUUCAUAUGUUGGUAGGGAGAUAAAUUGUAGUUGUAAUGUAAUAUGAUGUGCAACUUAGGGGUUUACUGUUGUUGUUUUAGCUGUAGUCCACUUCUGGUGGAGUUGAGUUGAGGGUGAUGAUGAUGAUCAUCGUAAAGGGGAGGGGAUGUACAGAAGGCUAGAAAGUAUGCAUGCACUGUUCCAUUUGAAUUAUAAACAAUUGAAAGACAGAGAACUUUGGCAUCCUGGUUAAUAGGACAAUUAAUGUCAUCAAUCAUUUCUGCCU